GAGAGAUAGAGAGAGAGAGAGAGAGAGAGGAGGGAAGGAGGGACAGGUGACAGAGAUGUGAGAGAUGCUCCACAGAUGAUCAACAGUGGCAGAUGUACAGGGAGAGAUAUAGACGGAGUGAAUAGAAGAACGAGAGUGUGACAGAGAGAGUGACAGGUGAGACAGAAAGACAUAGAGUGAACAAACAAACACGAGUGACAGUGACAGAAGCAGUCAGAGAAACAGUAUAUGAGUGAUAGAGGAAGUUAGCCUGAUAUUUGUGUUAGUUUGUUUAGAAGGAUGAGUGAAGCCGGAAGCAUCUUAACCCUGGAAGACAUCCCUGAAGGAAGGUUGGAGAAAAAGGGCUCCAUCAAGAAGAAGAUAGAGAAGUUGAGGAGAUGGAGCUCCUGCAGCAUAAAGAGGCCUUCUAAGAAGACUAAGACCAGAAGUCUGUCCUCCGCUACAGAGGCACCAGAGGAGACCUGGGGGCUCAAGACCCCCGAGAGGAGGAGGCUAAAACCCAUCAUCGCCUCCGUCUUCGGACAGGACAGAGACCUACGGCCAGAAGAGAUUGAAGAGCUGAAGGAGGCGUUCGGGGAGUUUGAUAAGGAUAAAGAUGGCUACAUCAGCUGUAAGGAACUGGGAGAGUGCAUGAGGACUAUGGGGUACAUGCCCACAGAGAUGGAGCUCAUCGAACUCAGCCAGAACAUCUGUGGCGGCAGAGUGGACUUUGAGGACUUUGUGGAGCUGAUGGGUCCUAAAAUGUUGGCAGAGACAGCAGACAUGAUAGGAGUGAAGGAGCUCAGGGAUGCUUUCAAAGAAUUUGACUCUAACGGGGACGGUCAGAUAAGCCUGGCUGAACUGAAGGAGGCCAUGAAAAAGCUGGUGGGGGAGCAGCUCAACCAACCAGAGAUCGACGAGAUCCUCCGAGAUGUCGACCUCAACGGGGAUGGCUUGCUCGACUUUGAGGAGUUUGUCAGGAUGAUGUCCCGCUGACUCUCCUGGCCAGAAGACCGUGAUGACAUGACUUUAAGAGACUAGUAAACAACAAAACCUCCUCUGUUAGAUGUUAUGGACCAGUCCUCAGUAUGUUGUUGUACAUGUAAUUACAGUAUUAUUGAUGUACAAAUAUUUCAUGUUGUUUUUAGGGUAUUUGUUCUUACUUUUUUUUCAUUGCUAUAUCAACAAUCCCUCCUAGUACUGUAUGUUUUUGUUGUCUAACUGUAACACUGUAAUGAUAAUAAUAAUAUUUGUAAAGUGCUUUUCAUGUAUUAUGUUCAGUGCUACACUAUGUUAUCAGCUAGUAUUGCUUUUGUAUAGUUUCAGCCAGUAAUUUUAAAAGUAGUGCUCAUGAGCAAAAAUGGGUCCCCUUAAAUGUGUAUUACAGCAUCCAUUUUGUAUGAUAUGUUACGUCCUACAAAAUAUCCACAUAUAUAUAUAUAUAUACACAGUUGAAGUGGGAAGUUUACAUACACUUAGGUUGGAGUCAUUAAAACUCAUUUUUCAACCACUCCACAAAUUUCUUGUUAAUGAAUUUUGGCACAUUCCUCCUGACAGAACUGGUGUAACUGAGUCAGAUUUGUAGGCCUCCUUGCUCGCACACGCUUUUUCAGUUCUGCCCACAAUUUUCCUAUAGGAUUGAGGUCAGGGAUUUGUGAUGGCCAAUCGAAUACCUUGACUUUGUUGUCCUUAAACCAUUUUGCCACAACUUUGGAAGUAUGCUUGGGGUCGUUGUCCAUUUGGAAGACCCAUUUGCGACCAAGCUUUAACUUCCUGGCUGAUGUCUUGAGAUGUUGCUUUAAUAUAUCCACAUAUUUUUCAUUCCUCAUGACGCUAUCUAUUUUGUGAAGUGCACCAGACCCUCCUGCAGCAAAGCACCCCCACAACAUGAUGUUGCCACCCCCGUGCUUCAUGGUUGGGACGGUGUUCUUCGGCUUGCAAGCCUCCCCUUUUUCCCUCCAAACAUAACGAUGGUCAUUGUGGCCAAACAGUUCUAUUUUUGUUUCAUCAGACCAGAGGACAUUUCUCCAAAAAGUAUGAUCUUUGUCCCCAUGUGCAGUUGCAAACCACAGUCUGGCUUUUUUAUGGCGGUUUUGGAGCGGUGGCUUCUUCCUUGCUGAGCGGCCUUUCAAGUUAUGUCGCUAUAGGACUCGUUUUACUGUGGAUAUAGAUACUUUUGUACCUGUUUCCUCCAGCAUCUUCACAAGGUCCUUUUGCUGUUGUUCUGGGAUUGAUUCGCACUUUUACGUUCAUCUCUAGGAGACAGAACGCAUCUCCUUCCUUAGCGGUUUAACGGCUGCGUGGUCCCAUGGUGUUUAUACUUGCUUUCUAUUGUUUGUACAGAGGAACGUGGCACUGUCAGGCGUUUGGAAAUUGCUCCCAAGGAUGAACCAGACUUGUGGAGGUCUACAAUUAUUUUUCUGAGGUCUUGGGCGAUUUCUUUUGAUUUUCCCAUGAUGUGAAGCAAAGGCACUGAUUUUGAAGGUAGGCCUUGAAAUACAUCCACAGGUUCACCUCCAAUUGACUCAAAUUAUGUCAAUUAGCCUAUCAGAAGCUUCUAAAGCCAUGAUAUAUUUUUCUGGAAUUUUCCAAGCUGGUUAAAGGCAGUCAACUUAGUGUAUGUAAACUUCUGACCCACUGGAAUUGUGAUACAGUGAAUUAUAAGUGAAAUAACCUGUCUGUAAACAAUUGUUGGAAAAAUUACUUGUGUCAUGCACAAAGUAGAUGUCCUAACCGACUUGCCAAAACUAUAGUUUAAAACCAGUUAUGCAUUAGGGGGCGCUAUUAAAAUUUUGGGAUGAAAAACAUUCCCGUUUUAAACAAGAUAUUUUGUCACGAAAAGAUGCUCGACUAUGCAUAUAAUUGCCAGCUUUGGAAAGAAAACACUCUGAUGUUUCCAAAACUGCAAAGAUAUUGUCUGUGAGUGCCACAGAACUGAUGCUACAGGCGAAACCAAGAUGACAUUUCAGACAGGAAGUGGCCCAGGUUUUGAAAGCGCUGUGUUUCAAUUACUCCUUAUAUGGCUGUGAACGGGCCACGAAUGAGCUUAGACUUUCCGUCGUUUCCCCAAGGUGUCUGCAGCAUUGUGACGUAUUUGUAGGCAUAUCAUUGGAAGGUUGACCAUAAGACAGUACAUUUACCAGGUGGUCGCUUGGUGUCCUCCGUCGCAAUUAUUGCGUAAUCUCCAGCUGCAAAACUUUUCAGUUCGCUCUUGAGGAGAAUCCCAAUUGCCACGAAUGAUUUAUCAUCGAAUAGAUAUGUGAAAAACACCUUGAGGAUUGAUUCUAAACAACGUUUCCCAUGUUUCUGUCAAUAUUAUGGAGUUAAUUUGGAAAAAAGUUUGGCGUUGUAAUGACUGAAUUUUCUGGGGUUUUUCUUAGCCAAACGUGAUGAACAAAACUGAGCGUUUUCUCCUACACAAAUAAUAUUUUUGGAAAAACUGAACAUUUGCUAUCUAACUGAGAGUCUCCUCAUUGAAAACAUCCGAAGUUCUUCAAAGGUAAAUGAUUUUAUUUGAAUGCUUUUCUUGUUUUUGUGAAAAUGUUGCCUGCUGAAUGCUAGGCUUAAUGCUAUGCUAGCUAUCAAUACUCUUACACAAAUGCUUGUGUAGCUAUGGUUGAAAAGCAUAUUUUGAAAAUCUGAGAUGACAGUGUUGUUAACAAAAGGCUAAGCUUGUGAGUGAAUAUAUUUCUUUCAUUUCAUUUGCGAUUUUCAUGAAUAGUUAACGUUGCGUUAUGGUAAUGAGCUUGAGGCUAUGAUUACGCUCCCGGAUACAGGAUUGGAGUCGCAAGAAAUUUGUGGAGUGAUUGAAAAACGAGUUUUAAUAACGACAACCUAAGUGUAUGUAAACUUCCGACUUCAACUGUAUAUAUAUAUGUAUGUGUAUGUAUGUAUGUAUGUAUGUAUAUAUAUAUAUAUAUAUAUAUAUAUAUACACAUAUUACGAAUUGGGGGUGCUCCUCUUAAGGACCGGCCCCUUUUAAAAAAUGUUUUGCCUAAAAUGUCAUACCAAAAUCUAACUGCCUGUAGCUCAGGCCAUGAAGCAAGGAUAUGCAUAUUCUUGGUAUCAUUUGAAAGGAAACACUGAAGUUUGCGGAAAUUUGAAAGGAAUCUAGGAGAAUAUAACACAUUAGAUCUGGUAAAAGAUAAUACAUAGAAAAAAAUAACAGUUUUUUGUCAUUUUCACCGUCAUCUUUGAAAUGCAAGAGAAAGGCCAUAAUGUAUUGUUCCAGCACAGCUGCAAUUUAGAUUGUGUAUGUGCAAAGUUUCAGACUGAUCCAUUGCAUUUCUGUUCAAAAUGUUGUAUCAAGACUGCCCAAAUGUGCCUGAUUUGUUUAUUAGUAACUUUUCAUGUUCAAAACUGUGCAUUCUCCUCAAACAAUAGCAUGGUAUUCAUUCACUGUAUUAGCUACUGUAAAUUGGACAGUGCAGUUAGAUUAACAAGAAUUUAAGCUUUCUGCCAAUAUUAGAUAUGUCUGUCCUGGGAAAUGUUCUUGUUACUUACAACCUCAUGCUAAUCACAUUAGCCUACAUUAGCUCAACCAUUCCGCAGGGGACCCACCAAUCCUGAAGUAGAUCUAAAAAUCUAAAAAUGUUUUGCUGACAUGGGCUAAAUGACUGACUGUCAGUGACUUACAUAACAAGAGAAAACCUGCUGAUAUAAAACCACAUUUCUAAAUGGCACCUUGUGUAU